CUCUGGUGGGGCUGCAGUGUUGGGGUCAUGGCACCACUUAGGUCAGAGGUUAUAGGAGGUCUGGUCCUGGGGUCAGAGGUCACAACGGGUCAGAGGACGUGGCACCUUUGGACCAUAACCUGGAUGGGUUGCUGUCUAGUCUCAGGUUUACAAUGGCUCCAUGGAGUCCAGCCCAUGCUCAGAAGGGACCCUGGCCUGCUCCACUUGCACUGUGCCCCGAGACCCCGCUGGCUCCUCCCGCCCACCACUUGCUCCUCUUGGCCUGCUGCCUCCUUGUCCCCACCCCCCUGCUCCUCUCUGCCCCCUGGCUGGACCCCAAUGCACCUCUGGUUCUGGGCAGUCUCUGCUUCCCACCACCUGUGGGACCCCUCCUGUCUCCCUGGAGCUGAGCUGCCUGGGACUGGUGCAGAAGUUUGGCCAGCCUCAGCUGGGGGGGAGAUAGUGUGGGGAGCUUGGCUGGGCCCCUCCAGUGUCUUGAGAGAAGAGUGUCUUGAGGGAGCCCAGCCGGGGCAGGCCCUGGCCUGGCUGAUCACAACACUCCCGAGGGACCUGAGCAAUUCCCCACUCUGGGACCAGAUCUGGCUGAACUGCCAGCUCAGCCUGGCAGACACAGUUUCCUCCCAGCAGGGCCAAGCCCAGCCUACAAGAUCAUCUGCAGGGGAAGAAGCACCAGCGGCUGGAGAGCUUGCGUGCCAAACGCCAAGACCAGGAGCUGCGCAGUGUCUUUGUCAGUGGCUUCCACAAGGGUACAUCAGCCCCUGAGCUGAGUGAGUACUUCCAGGCCUUCGGGGGCGUGGCCAGUGUGGUGAUGGAUAAAGACAAGGGGGUCUAUGCUAUUGUGGAGCUGCAGGACCAGGAGGUGAUGGAGAAGGUGCUGGCCCAGCCGGAGCAUUGCCUGGCGGGGCAGCGGCUGCGGGUGAAGCCCCGGGAGAAGAAGGAAUUCAAAUACAUGCCUCCCAAGAAGCAGGGAUCUGCACAUCAUGUACAACUGAGUCCUGAAAAGCUGGUCCAGGCACUGUGCCAGGCUGAUGAUGUGGAUGCCCAGAUGUCACAGCUGGUGCAGCUGUUUGAGCUCUCCGAGAGCGAGAGGCGGCUGCGACACCUACUGGUCACCCUGUUCCAGGAGGUUUUCUCAGAGUUCUUCCCUGGGUGCGCCAUCCUCCCCUUUGGCUCAUCGGUGAAUGGAUUUGACAUCCAUGGCUGUGACCUGGAUUUGUUCCUGGACCUGGAGAAAACAAAAACCUUCCAGGCAUCUGCAAAGGGACCCCAGGGGGCACAGGCCGAGGAGGGGGCAGGGCCAGACUCUGACUCAGAGGACUCCAUCCUGAGUGACAUUGAUCUGACAACAGCGACGGUGCCCGAGGUGCUGGAGCUGGUGGCAGCUGUGCUACGGAAGUGCGUACCGGGUGUGCACAAUGUCCAGGUGGUGCACAGUGCCCGCCGCCCUGUCGUCAAGUUCUGCCACAAGGACUCGGGGCUGCUGGGAGACAUCUCCAUCAAUAACAGGCUGGCGCUCUGCAAUACACGCUUCCUACAGCUCUGUACAGAGGCUGAUGAGCGGGUGCGGCCCCUGGUCUACGCACUGCGCUACUGGGCCAAGCAGCAGGCCCUGGCAGGAAACCCCUUUGGGGGCGGCCCCCUCCUCAACAACUACGCACUGACCCUGCUGGUGCUGUUCUUCCUGCAGACGCGCAGCCCCCCGGCCUUGCCCACACUGGCCCAGCUCAGGGAACUGACAGGGGAUAAGGAUCAGGCCAUUGUGGACGGCUGGGAUUGCAGCUUCCCCCAGGACGUGUCGCAGCUGGAGCCCAGCGCCAACACGGAGAGUCUGUGUUCCCUCCUGGCCGAAUUCUUCCGGGUCUUUGGGGACCAUGACUUUGCCGGCUGCGUGAUCUCACUGCUGGAGGGCCGGGCGCUGCCCCUGCCCAGCUUCCUGCUCUCAGAAGUGGGUGCCAAGCUCAAGCUGGGUCCCUUCAACGUGCAGGACCCCUUUGAGCUGAGCCACAACGUGGCAGCCAAUGUCAAUGAGAAGAUAGCGCAGCGGUUCCAGCACUGCUGCCGGGACGGGGCCAAGUACUGCCGCAGCCUGCAGUACCAGCGCAAAUCCAGCAAGGGCAAGGCCUGGGGGCUGGUGCGGCUCUUCCAGCCAGGGGUGCCGGAGGCUGGGGAGCUGGGCCCCGAUGGGCUCCUCAUCACCAUCCCCUUCAUGCUGAUGGCGCUCUCCCCUGGGAGCCGGCAGCAGCUGUGCCAGGCCAGGGACUUCCGGCGCUGCUGGUUUGACAAGGUGUGUGCCGCCAUCACCUUCGUGCUGAAGGAUGUGCUGAAGUGCAGCUGCAUGGGGCCUGCAGGGGAGCCUCUGGGGCGGGAGCCCACAGAGCAGAGUGGAGGGGAGCAGCCCCGGUCUGAUGAGAGAGGAAGCUUGGCUGUCUCCCCAGCUAAGAAGAGGCCGAGAGUGGAGGGCCCAGCGCCAGAGGAGGAGGAGAGCGUGAGCUGGAGCUGUGCUGUGUGGCACCGUGUCUGGAUGGGCCGGCGCCGCGUCCGGCGCCAGCUCCGGCACCUGGGCAGCCCCCAGCCAGACACGGAGCAGGAGGCUGGCUCUCUAGAGGUGGAGGAGAAGGUGUCGGAGGCCAUAAUCCAGCAGGAGAGAGAUUCCCUGGGGGCAGAGCCGCUGCUGAGGUUCACGGCCUGUGCCCGGGUGGGCGGAGGCCAGGAGGACACACGGACCCUCCUGUAUUUCACCCCAGCCCCCCAGCAGGGCCCCCUGUUCCAGGACUUCUAUCACUUUCUGCAGGGCUUUCUGCCCAGGAUGGUGGAGCGGUAUGUGGGCAGAGCAGCUUGGGGCAGGCAGUGACCACUAGUGACAUCCAUGCCAGCACCCUGAGACUGGGGGAUGCUAUUUUAAAUGGACUUUGCCGUGUCUGUACCAUGCGACUGGGAAGGGAAUAAAGGGCCUAGCCAAGUGCCCCUCUGGGCUGUGCCUGUCCCGCUGCUUGGGACAUGGGGGGAAGUGGCUGGGGGCCUCGCUCAAGUGGGGAGCGGGUCCCCAGCUGGAUGCAGGCCUGUCUCCUAUCUCCCUGCCCAGCCUCUUGCGAAUUUGCUGCUGUUUGUCCCCUCUGGUGCCCCGUGGCACUGGGAUUUAAAGGCCUGGCAGUAUUCUGCAUGCACGUUAUCGGGGUUGGGGCAGAUUCUUCAUUGGGGCGGGGUCAGACUAUCAGCAAUGGCCAAUGGGGCACGAGUGGUGAGUAUAAAUGCAGUUGAUGCCCCGGGAAGGGGUGGGGGGCAGUAGCAGAAGGAGGUGUAAGAGUCCUGGGGUGGACAGACGUUGACUUUGGCCAGUUCAACUCCUCUGUCCUCUCCAUGCAGCAACAGCAGCAUUAUGUGCUCCAUUGGGGGCUAUCGGGGAGGGAUCCAUGGGAAGGGAGUCCA